AUGGCUGAUUCACUUGAUAUUGGAGUACCAUGGAUCAUGUGCCAAGAGAGUGAUGCUCCCCAGCCAAUGAUCAACACAUGUAAUGGUUGGUAUUGCGAUUCAUUUACACCAAAUAAUCCCAACAGCCCCAAAAUGUGGACUGAAAAUUGGACUGGCUGGUUUAAGAGUUGGGGAGGCAAAGACCCACAUAGGACUGCUGAGGACCUUGCCUUUUCUGUUGCAAGAUUUUUCCAAACUGGAGGCACAUUCCAAAACUAUUACAUGUACCAUGGUGGGACUAAUUUUGGUAGAACAUCGGGUGGUCCAUAUCUUACUACAACCUAUGAUUAUGAUGCACCCCUUGACGAAUUUGGAAACCUGAAUCAACCGAAGUGGGGACAUUUGAAGGAACUUCAUAAUGUCUUGAAGGCAAUGGAGAAGACUCUUACCCAUGGCAACGUUUCCACCACUGAUUUCGGAAAUUCUGUCACAGCCACUGUUUAUGCAACUGAGGAAGGAUCAAGUUGCUUUUUCGGGAAUGCAAAUACCACUGGAGAUGCUGCAAUCACUUUCCAGGGAAGUGAUUAUGUUGUGCCAGCAUGGUCUGUAAGCAUUCUCCCUGAUUGUAAAACCGAAGUUUAUAGUACUGCAAAGGUGAACGCUCAAACAUCAUUGAUUGUUAAGAAACCAAACCAGGCUGAAAACGAACCAUCUUCUCUGAAGUGGGUUUGGAGUUCUGAGGUCAUCGAUGAACCUGUAGUUCAAGGAAAGGGAAGCUUUGCCGCUAGUUCACUUAUUGACCAAAAAGUAAUAAAUGAUGCUAGUGACUACCUCUGGUAUAUGACAAGUGUGGACCUUAAGCCAGAUGAUAUAAUUUGGAGUGAUAAUAUGACACUGAGAGUUAAUACCAGUGGCAUUGUACUUCAUGCAUAUGUUAAUGGAGAACAUAUUGGUUCACAAUGGACCAAAUACGGUGUUUUCAAAGAUGUUUUUGAGCAACAAGUCAAGUUAAAUCCUGGAAAGAAUCAAAUAUCAUUGCUCAGUGUAACUGUUGGCUUGCAGAAUUAUGGUCCCAUGUUUGACAUGGUACAAACUGGAAUUACUGGUCCGGUUGAACUGAUAGGAAGGAAGGGUGACGAGAGUGUUAUCAAGGAUUUGUCUUCUCACAAAUGGUCAUACAAAGUUGGAUUGAGUGGACUGGAAGAUCAGAAGUUUUACAGUACAGUAAAUACCAAUAAUGAGACCAGUGGUUGGUUUGCAGAUAAUGUUCCCACUAACAGUAGAAUGACAUGGUAUAAGACUACUUUCAAAGCUCCUCUAGGAAAUGAUGCAGUUGUUUUGGAUUUACAAGGAAUGGGCAAAGGUUUCGCUUGGGUUAAUGGUCAUAACAUUGGUCGUCACUGGCCAAGCCACCUGGCUGAAGAAGAUGGUUGUAGCUCUGACGCUUGCGACUAUCGCGGUCAAUACGACAACAACAAGUGUGUCACCAACUGUGGUCAGCCUUCCCAGAGAUGGUACCAUGUGCCUCGGUCUUUUCUGCAAGAUGAUGUAAAUACAUUAGUGUUGUUUGAGGAAUUCGGUGGUAAUCCAUCGCUAGUAAACUUUCAAACACUCGCUGUGGGAACAGCAUGCGGCAAUGCGUAUGAGGAAAAGACAUUGGAAUUGUCCUGCAAUGGGCGACCGAUCUCUGCAAUUAAGUUCGCUAGUUUUGGUGAUCCACAAGGGACAUGCGGUUCUUUUGAAGUGGGGACUUGUGAAGCUGAGAAAGAAAUAUUGCCAGUACUUCAACAGGAGUGUGUUGGAAAGGAGACAUGUUACAUUGACAUUUCUGAAGAUAAGCUUGGCAAAACUAGCUGCGGAAGUAUUGUCAAGAGACUUGCUGUGGAAGCUGUGUGUUAG